AUGAACCAGAAUUUGAAGAGAAUGUGGGAGAAAACUACAACAACACGUUCUCCAGCUCCUGACCACACUGAAGGAGUACACAUGAAUGAUUCCAGGAUGCAGAGCGAGUUUUCAGAACCAGGUUCUCCAGCUCCGGACCGCACAGAAGGAUUACACCCCAAUGAUUCCUCGAUGCAGAGUGAGUUUUCAGAAGCAGGUUCUCCAGCUCCUGACCACACUGAAGGAGUACACAUGAAUGAUUCCAGGAUGCAGAGUGAGUUUUCAGAACCAGGUUCUCCAGCUCCUGACCGCACUGAAGAAUUACACCCCAAUGAUUCCUCGAUGCAGAGUUCUCCAGCUCCUGACCACACUGAAGGAGUACACAUGAAUGAUUCCAGGAUGCAGAGCGAGUUUUCAGAACCAGGUUCUCCAGCUCCUGACCACACUGAAGGAUUACACUCCAAUGAUUCCUCGAUGCAGAGUGAGUUUUCAGAAGCAGGUUCUCCAGCUGAAGGAUUACAACUCAAUAAUUCCUGGAUACAGAUUGAGUUUUCAGAUGCAAGUUCUGCACUUCCCAGUGCAACAGAGAAAUCUCAUUUUACAGACACAACUUUUCUUGAGCAAGGUUCUCCAAUUCCCAGUAUAACAGAGAAAUCUCGUGUUAAUGAUUUCUCAACACAGAAUCCUUCUCCUCAACAAGGUGCACUUACUACCAUUGUUAUCAACAUGGCAAUCAUUUCAGCUUUGUCUGAAUUUCCUGAAUGCUCACUGAAACAUGCUGCAUGUAUUUUCUAA